AUGAUGAGCAAUCACUCGAGUGCCACUGAGUUCUGCCUUUUAGGCUUUGCUGGGUCCCAAGAACUACACCAUAUUCUUUUUGCGAUCUUCUUCUUCUUCUACUCAGUGACGUUAAUGGGAAACUCGGUCAUCAUUGUGAUCGUCUGUGUCGGUAAACAGCUACAGUCGCCCAUGUAUUUCUUCCUCGGUCAUCUCUCUGCCUUGGAGAUCCUAGUCACAUCCAUUAUCGUCCCCGUCAUGCUUGGGGGCUUGCUGCUCCCCGGGAUGCAGACAAUAUCUCUGGCAGCAUGUGUCACCCAGCUCUUCCUGUACCUCGCUGUGGGGACCACAGAGUUUGCAUUACUGGGAGCGAUGGCUGUGGACCGUUACGUGGCAGUCUGUAACCCUCUGAGGUACAAUGUCAUUAUGAACAGCCGCACCUGCAACGUUGUGGUAAUUGUGUCCUGGGUGUUUGGGUUCCUUUCUGAAAUCUGGCCAGUCUAUGCCACAUUUCAGCUUACCUUCUGCAAAUCAAAUGUGUUAGACCAUUUUUAUUGUGACCGAGGGCAACUGUUGAAACUAUCCUGUGACGACACUCUUUUCACAGAGAUCGUUCUUUUUCUAAUGGCCAUUUUCAUAAUCUUGGGUUCUCUGGCACCAACAGUGGUCUCCUACACCUACAUCAUCUCCACCAUCCUCAAGAUUCCCUCAGCCUCUGGCCGGAGGAAAGCCUUCUCUACCUGUGCUUCCCACUUCACCUUUGUCAUGAUUGGCUAUGGUACCUGCUUGUUCCUCUACGUGAAACCCAAGCAAACGCAGGCAGCUGAGUACAAUAAGGUAGUUUCCCUGCUGAUUUCCGUGUUAACCCCUUUCCUGAACCCUUUCAUCUUCACUUUCCGGAAUGACAAAGUUAAAGAGGCCCUCCGAGAUAGUGUGAAACGCUGCUGUCAACUCCUCGAGGAUUAA